UAAAUAUUGCAUUGUUGUUGUUAAUAGCUGAUAACAAUAUAUAAUAAUUGUUGUUGUUGCUAAAUGUAUACAUUGUGUGUACUGGUUUUGUUGUAAACAAAACUGUUGUUGUUUUUGUGCGUGAAAAUCCAGUGUUAAUUACCGUAAAGUGUGCAUCAAUCACUGACUGAAAUCACAAAUAAUAACUGAUACCGUUAUCGAUUGCUAUACAUACACGCGCACACUGCUUACAUACUUGUAGUUGUUGUUGUUGUCGAUACGCGUAGAAACGCAGAGUUGCAAAUAUUUUCGCUUAUCUAGGAUACAAAGCCUAUCUGCGCUAUCUAAGUACAGAUCAAGAGGAGAAGAUGUCGAUCAAUCCAAACGGGUAUAAAUUGUCCGAUAAAACGGCUCGUCUAACGGCAUACGAUCUUUUGCCGACAACAGUUAGCGCCACUGCUGAGACCCGAGAGUUCCUGCAGAAGGUCAUCGAUGUGCUAUUGGACUUUGUGAAGGCGACCAAUGAUCGCAAUGAGAAAAUCUUGGAAUUCCAUCAUCCAGAGGAAAUGAAGACGAUACUAAACUUGGACAUACCCGAUCGAGCUGUGACUUUACAGCAGCUCAUUGAAGAUUGUGCCACAACACUGAAAUAUCAAGUGAAGACUGGGCAUCCACACUUCUUCAAUCAGCUGUCAUGCGGACUGGACAUCGUCUCGAUGGCUGGCGAGUGGUUGACUGCAACUGCCAAUACCAACAUGUUCACAUAUGAGAUUGCGCCCGUCUUCAUUUUAAUGGAGAAUGUGGUACUCUCGAAGAUGCGUCAAAUUAUUGGCUGGGAAGGUGGUGACUCCAUACUGGCACCAGGCGGUUCGAUUUCCAAUUUGUAUGCAUUCCUUGCGGCACGUCACAAAAUGUUCCCUAACUACAAGGAACAUGGUGCUGCCGGUCUGCCCGGCCAGCUGGUGAUGUUCACCUCUGAUCAAUGUCACUAUUCGGUGAAGUCCUGCGCCGCUGUUUGUGGUCUGGGCACAGAUCACUGUGUUAUGGUGCCAUCUGAUGAGCAUGGUAAAAUGAUUAUUUCGGAGUUGGAGCGUUUGAUAUUGGAACGGAAGGCCAAGGGUCACAUUCCAUUCUUCGUCAAUGCGACCGCUGGUACUACGGUGUUGGGUGCCUUCGACAACAUCAAUCAGAUAGCGGAUAUUUGCCAGAAGUACAAGUGUUGGUUGCACAUAGAUGCUGCCUGGGGUGGCGGCCUGCUUUUGUCGCGGAAAUAUCGUCAUCCUCGUCUCUCGGGCAUUGAGCGAGCCGACUCGGUCACCUGGAAUCCACAUAAAUUGAUGGGCGCUUUGUUGCAGUGCUCCACCAUACAUUUCAAGGAGGAUGGUCUAUUGAUUAGCUGUAAUCAAAUGUCAGCCGAAUAUCUAUUCAUGACGGACAAACAGUACGACAUCAGCUAUGACACCGGCGACAAGGUCAUUCAGUGCGGCCGACACAACGACAUCUUCAAAUUGUGGCUGCAGUGGCGUUCCAAGGGCAAUGAGGGUUUCGAACGUCAACAGGAUCGUUUAAUGCAGCUCGCUGAAUACCAAGUCAAGCGUAUUAGAGAGCAAUCAGACCACUUCCAUCUGAUACUCGAACCCGAGUUGGUCAAUGUUUCCUUCUGGUAUAUACCAAAACGUUUAAGGGGUGUGCCACAUGAUAAGAGGAAGGAAGCUGAAUUGGCCAAGAUCUGCCCCAUCAUCAAGGGUCGCAUGAUGCAGAAAGGUUCACUGAUGGUCGGCUACCAGCCAGACGACCGGCGACCAAAUUUCUUCCGCUCGAUCAUCUCGUCGGCCGCUGUGACCGAACAGGAUGUCGACUUUAUGCUAGACGAAAUACAUCGAUUGGGUGACGAUUUGUAAACGAACGAUGGAACUGAAAACGCUGAGUUAACUUGAAUAACGGACUGUGCAAUUACAGUUACAUAUGUACAGUUAAGUAGGCCAAUGGCGCAACUUGCAGUUCUAAAGACACUCAGGGCUGUAGGCAGUGCACACUAGGCGGCGACAUAGUUCAAUUAACGAAAAUUAGAAAGAAAUACAAAAAAAAUAAAAAAAAACAAAAACAAAAACCAUAACUGAUUAUAAAAUAAAAACAAGAAAAUGCCAAAAAAAAGUAAAAAAAAUAUUAUUUAGCCAAAUCUAUAUCGACCAAGAACUAUCUUUAAGGUAAAAGCAUAUCAAAGCAAAAA